UAUGGUUUUUUAUUUUGUCUUGACAUCCAUUUUGUUACGUUGUGUAUUUAUGAUUCUGAAUGUUCUCUGUUUUUUUUAACUUUAAUUUGUCAGAGGGGCUUUGACCAACAAUGGCUAUCAUUAACAUUCUCAAAGGCUAUAUUUCUUGGAAAUGGCCUUGUUGCUAUUUUGUCUGGUCUGUUUGGAAACGUCCUUGUUGAUACAUUGGCUCUUGGACCUGUGGCCCCCUUUGAUGCUGCUUCAUGUUUUCUUGCUAUUGGUAUGGCCAUCAUACUAUCUUCAUGGACGGAAAAUUUUGGGGAUCCUUCCGAGAGCAAGGACUUGCUUACCCAAUUCAGGGGUGCUGCUGUUGCCAUUGCUUCAGAUGAAAAAAUUGCCUUGCUGGGUGCCAUACAGUCUCUCUUUGAAGGUUCAAUGUACACCUUUGUGUUUCUAUGGACUCCUGCAUUGAGCCCAAACGAUGAAGAGAUUCCCCAUGGUUUUAUUUUUGCAACUUUCAUGUUGGCUUCAAUGUUGGGAAGCUCACUUGCAUCCAGGUUGAUGGCCCGAUCUGCACUCCGAGUAGAGAGCUAUAUGCAAAUUGUUUUUGCAGUUUCUUCUGCUGCUCUGAUGCUCCCAAUUUUGACCACUUUCUUGGUAGUUCCUACUGGGGUGAAAGGUGGAAACAUCUCAUUCACUGGCUGCAUUCAACUUCUUGGCUUCUGUGCUUUUGAGAGUUGUGUUGGCAUAUUCUGGCCAUCCAUUAUGAAGAUGAGAUCUCAAUACAUUCCCGAGGAGGCCAGGAGCACCAUCAUGAACUUUUUCCGCAUUCCUCUGAACAUUUUUGUGUGUGUCGUGCUGUACAAUGUUGAUGCAUUCCCCAUCACUGUUAUGUUUGGCAUGUGCUCAAUUUUCCUUUUGGUGGCUUGCAUCUUGCAAAGGCGACUGAUGGCGAUUUCAGAUAAGCCAAAAGCAACAGAUUGGCAACUGAAGGAUAGGGACGGCGAGUCUGAACCAUUGAACAUUUAACUGGUUUUUGCCCGAGUUUUGCGAAGUCACUGAACUUAAGCUACGUGAGUCUUACUAAUGCAUUUUUCUGUCUACGACUGUGUACGAUGCAAUCUGAGUGAAGGUAAAACUGAUGCUCACAAAGAGAAGAAAUUGAAGCAAAAAGCAGAAAAGGACAAGAGGAGCAAUUUUUUAAGUGUUUUUAGUAUAAAUAUCGUAGUGCAUUAGAUUUCUAUUGGCUAUUA